AUGCCGCACCUUCCCCUCAGCUCACAGAAUUCACCGCAGAUGCCAUCCGCAGUGGCGUAUGAGCCAUGUUGGCUGCCAGCUCGUGGCCCUGGGCCAGCACUGGCGCUUCCCAUGACGCCAACCUCGAGCCACGCAACGGCGACGCCACAUCAGCCAGCAAACGGCGGCGCUUGGCCUCAGGUUUCCAAACUCUUCGCUGUAACACCAGCAGCGCCGCUGCCACCCUCUACGCCGUGUCCUCUGAUGACUGACCCCUCUGACAACAGAGCCGAAGAGCCCACAGCUGGCCAGCGGCCCGCAGGCCUCGCCUCAGGACAAGAUGCGCAGAGGGUAACAUGUUACAGCGACCCAGAUGAUGCCCAGACAUUCGCGGACCUUCUCAGGCAGCAGGUGGAAGCUGCCAAGCACAUCAUCGCUUUGAACGAGAGGAUCGCCAACUCCCACCUGUGGCUCCGCGAUUCCGGCUCGGACGGUGCCCCGCACCUGCCCGCGCAUGCGAGGAACGAAAGCGCGAGGAGCCCUCAGCGGCACACUGCGGUGCCAGAAGAUCCGCCCCCUGUGAAACGGCCGAACCCCGCCGCGGCAGACGCCGACAGACCGACGGCGCUUGGAGCCCGCAAGGGCGGCAAGAGCGCGGACGGCGGCCCCGCGGGGUUGGAGGCCGAGGCGCGGCCUGCGCGCGCUCAUCCUCCGCAGGACGGCCGCGGUGAAGAGGGCGGCCCGCACAAAAGGGUCGCUGCAGAGCCGCUGCUGUCCGCGUGGAAGAGGACGCAGGAUUCGGAGGAGGGCCAGUUGAGGCAGGUGUCGAAAACCCGCCCCCGGAAGCACGAGCCGGCUUCUUGGGAGGAGAGCAUGUACAAGGACUACGGGUGGUGCGUCGAGGUGGCAGUGCACCCAUAUUUUCGCGCGCUCACUUUGGUCGCGGUGCUGUCCAGCACACUGUGGAUCGCGGUGGAGACGGAUUACAAGAAGGAAGCGGAUGGGUUCGACGCCUCUCCUGUGUUCCAAAUCGUCGACCAGACGCUGUGCGCUUUCUUCACACUGGAGAUAGCUGUCCGUCUCGGGGCCCUCAGACAGAAAUGCGCUAUCUUACAGAGUCCGGUCUUCUUGCUGGACAUGUUCUUGGUGCUUAUCACGGUUUGGGAGACGUGGGUGAAGGUGAUAUUUGAAGACAUCCAGUCGUACGCAUGA